GGUUCAAAGUUCAACAUCCCAAUACCCAAAACAGAAACCCUUGCAUUUUUCCCAUUUCUUUUAUCCCUCUCUUAAUCUCUCAAUCAAAGCCUUUCCUCGCAAAUACCACUAUUCCAGUUCAAUUACCCAAUCCAACAAGCACCAAAGCUCUCUGCUUUAUUUAGUAUUUUGUGUAAGUACCAUUUCUCUUCCUGUCUCUGUUUAUAUCUUAAAUCUUAUCUCUGGGUUCUCAUUGCCUUUAACUCAGCUAUAGUUUCGAAGAUUUCUACUUUUUAUGUUUAUUGUAUAAGAAUAAGAAUAUAAUUCGAGAGAGAGAGAGAGACUUAACUGACAGAGAAAGAUAUUCCUUUUCAUUACAUGGGGAAAUCAGUGGUAGAAAAAAGAAGGGUGGUUCGAACUAGGUUUCCGUUGAUAAUCAUUCUAGUAACACCAGUGCACAUGCUAAUGGUGGUGUUGAUUUAGACUCAUCUAUAUUUUUGAAAAGAGCCCAUGAACUCAAAGAAGAAGGCAAUAAGAAGUUUCAGAAUAAGGAUUACGUGGCUGCCCUUCAACACUAUGAUGAUGCUCUUAAGCUUAUCCCCAAAACCCACCCCGACCGAGCUAUCUUUCACAUCAACCGAUCUGUUUGCUUGAUGCAAAUGAAACCUGUUGAUUAUGACACUGUGAUUGCAGAGUGUAAUAUGGCUCUUCAGGUUCAGCCUCCCUUUUCCCGAGCUCUUCUUAGGAGGGCGAGGGCUCUUGAGGCUAUUAGGAAGUAUGAAAUGGCAAUGCAGGAUGUGCAACUUUUGUUGGGGGAUGACCCCAAUCACAAGGAUGCUUUGGAGAUUGCGAGGAGAUUAAGGACUGCAUUGGGUCCUCGCCAGGAGGCUCAGCAAGACCUCCAGAGCUGUCCCUCUCCGGCUACACUCGGGGAUUCUGCUGUUCGUGGUGCCCCAAUCGCUGGCCUUGGGCCUUGCUUACCUGCUCGCCCAGUGCCUAAGAAAGCCUCUUCACCUGCAGGAGGAUCAGUUGGAUCACCAAAUAAUAAGCUGGAGAAGAUCCAAAUAAACGUGGCAACUGAAAAUGGUACUGAUAACAAGACCCAGUUUCCAAGACUUGUGCUAAAGCCCUCAAGUGGUUCUUUGAAAGCAACUGAUAAUCUGAAUAAGGGUGGCCCGAGAGAACAUUCUAUUUCAUCUUCUGUUCAUUGGCAAGUUCAGCAGGCGGCAAUUCAACAGAGGCCUUUGAAACUUGUUUACGAUCAUGAUAUAAGGCUUUCCCAAAUGCCAGUUAAUUGUAGCUUCAAAGUGUUGAGAGAGAUUGUGAGCCAAAGAUUUCCUUCGUCCAAGUCAGUAUUGAUCAAAUACAAGGAUAAUGAUGGAGAUUUGGUUACUCCUACCUGCACGACAGAACUCAGGUUGGAAGAAUCUUCUGUAGAUGGUCAUAUUCCUUCAGAUCCAGAAGCAGAUAAAACCAGUGGAUUUGGGAUGCUGAGAUUACACAUUGUUGAGGUGAGUCCAGAGCAGGAUCCACCAUUACCAGAAGAAGAGAAAGAUAAGCCUUUGGAGAGUGAGGGAGCCAAGGCUGAUGAAAGUGGGUCUCACUCGUCUCUUGGUGAUAGCACAUCAGAAGGUGUUGAUACUGAAAUUGAAAAGACUGAGAAAGAAGCUUCGAAGGAAAAAGUAGGGGCGUCAGAAGAUCCGGAGUGUAAUGAAGUUGAGAUGGAUGACUGGCUUUUUGAUUUUGCUCAGCUUUUCCAUACUCAUGUAGGUAUUGACCCUGAUGUUCAUAUCGAAUUGCAUGAGCUUGGUAUGGAGCUCUGUUCGGAGGCUCUCGAGGAGACAGUUACUAGUGAGGAAGCUCAAAACCUCUUCGACAAAGCUGCUACCAAAUUCCAAGAUGUGGCUUCUUUAGCCUUCUUUAAUUGGGGAAAUGUUCAUAUGUGUGCUGCAAGGAAACAUAUUCCCCUAGACGAGUCUGCUGGCAAGGAGGUAGUGUCAGAACAACUUCAAGUGGCUUAUGAUUGGGUUAGGGAAAAGUAUUCUUUGGCCAGGGAGAAGUAUGCCAAAGCACUCUUAAUCAAGCCGGACUUUUAUGAAGGGCUGCUGGCACUGGGACAGCAGCAAUUUGAAAUGGCUAAACUUAACUGGUCUUAUGCACUUGCAAAGAAAAUAGAUCUCUCAACCUGGGAUCCUGCCGAAACAUUUCAACUUUUUGACAGUGCUGAAGAGAAGAUGAAAGCUGCUACAGAAAUGUGGGAGAAGUUGGAGGAGCAGAAAGCAAAUGAGUGGAAAGAUCCGAACUCGAUCAAGAAAGAGGAUUUGUCUAAGAGGAAGAAGAAACUCGGAACUGUUGCAGAAGGUGAGCUCCCAGGAAGUCAGGGUGAGCUUUCACCUGAGGAAGCAGCUGUGAUGAGAUCACAGAUACAUCUUUUCUGGGGCAACAUGCUCUUUGAAAGAUCCCAAGCUGAAUGCAAAUUAGGAGUGGAUGGUUGGAAAAGACAUCUGGAUACCGCUGUCGAGCGUUUCAAGCUUGUUGGAGCUUCUGAAGUUGACAUUUCUACGGUUUUGAAGAACCAUUGCUCGAAUGGAGAUGCCGUCAAAGGAGUCGAAAAGAAAGGUAUUGAAGUAAAGAGCAGUGAGGCCAAUCAAAGAUUUGAAGAGCAAAAGAGUCAUGUUUUCUAUCUCUCCGAUGCUUUACUUAAUGGGAGUGCAUUCAAGAUUUUCCCUUUCAAAUGGGAUAUUUGAGUUCAAUAUUGAAUGAGUGGUGUACCUGAAAGAUUUUGGGUUUUAAGCUGUUUUAACAUUAGAAGCA